AUGGUGGGCCCAGCGGCGAAGCGCCAAAAGCGCGAGACAUACCGCGCGCAGCAUCGCGCAGAUGAAGACUCGACGGAGUUGCCUAGAAAGAAAUUCUACCGGCAGAGGGCUCAUGCAAACCCCUUCUCAGAUCACAGGCUCUCAUACCCCGCAAGUCCAGACCUUAUGGACUGGUCAGCGAUGUACCCAGCGUAUGUUGCUGAGGGCCAGGACAACGAGGCCACCGAAGUUGUAAUGCAGCAGGGCGGGCAGACUGUGAGGGCAGUGAUCAAGCCGAAUAGUUUGACCAAGGACGUCGAGGUUGCGGAUAUAGGAUGUGGUUUUGGAGGGCUGCUCGUGGCCUUGUCACCUGUCAUUCCGGACACCCUCUGCCUGGGCCUCGAGAUCAGGGCUCAAGUCACCGACUAUGUCGAGGACAAGAUCCGAGCCCUGCGGAACCAGAGCCGACAAAAAGGCAGCAACGACUACCAGAAUAUCGCCUGCCUGCGCGCAAACACCAUGAAGUUCCUCCCCAACUUCUUCAAGAAGUCGCAGCUGUCCAAGAUCUUCAUCUGCUUUCCGGAUCCGCAUUUUAAGGCCAAGAAGCACAAGGCGCGCAUCGUGUCCACUCAGCUGAACUCGGAAUACGCAUAUGUGUUAAGACCGGGCGGUAUCGUGUACACCAUCACCGACGUCAAGGAUCUGCAUGAGUGGAUGGUAUCGCAUUUUGAGGCACACCCUGCCUUUGAGAGGGUCUCGGAGGAGGACCAGGAGAAGGACGAGUGUGUCGCUGUCAUGAGGACCGAGACGGAAGAGGGCAAGAAGGUGGAGAGGAAUCAAGGACUCAAGUUUGUUGCGCUUUACAGACGGCUGGAGGACCCUCCGUGUUUCAUUGCCUGGGGCUAUGCCACCCACUGGCUUCCCGCCAUCCGCUGGGCUGGCCAUGCCUUCGUCGCCGGCUUUCUGACCUCCCUGCUCCUCCUGCUGGCCAUCACCCUGCUGCUGUCCAAGGGCCUCAACCACAAGAACCGAAGGCUGUCGCCCCGGCCAGAUGGCCCCAAGUUUCUCGGCCGGAAACAAUGGGACAGCGAGCUCUCGGCGCUACGAAAACGGCAGGCGUACGAGAAGAAGCCGCUUUGCGAUUCCUCGACAAAGAUCUCCCAAGCCCUCGACGACGUCCUCGACCUGAUCACGCGCGACUUCGUGUGGUCGUGGUAUUCAAAGAUCAGCGAGAACCCUGUGUUCAGGAACGAGGUGGACAAGGCGGUACGAUGCGCGCUCGACGAACUGAGGGAACGGCUGUCCACCUUGGACCUGCCCGAGGUCCUCACCACCAGAAUUGUCCCUAUCAUGACGGCGCACUUUCACGACUUUAAUGAAGCCGAGAGGGCCAUCCGUGGCCAUAAACUUAAUCGGUCUGUUACGGAAUCAGAGGAGCUGGACCUGGCCAUUGCAUCAAAAUACAGAGAUGGGAAAAUCCACCCGGCUGCCAGCCUGUCAUACUCGGACCUCAAGCUCACACAGCAGGACUACCUCCGGCAAACCACCAGCAAGAUUCUCCCGCACGUGCUGCCAGACAACGUCAUCAGCAGCCGAGCUGUUUCCAGUCUGAUCCGCGAGAUUAUCGCCUGCGCUGUCUUGUUUCCUGUCCUACAACUGCUGUCCGAUCCUGAUACCUGGAAUCAGCUGAUGGAGAACUACGGGCGAGGCAUGCUACAGGACCGCUCCACGAUCAGGAAACUGCGUGCAGCUCUGGAUCAACACGCGCCGUCUCCCAAACCGGGCAGGCCGCCACAGUUCCCGCGUUUGGCACCCGGCGACAGCGAGAGAAGGUUCGAAAAAUUUAUCAGAACUGUCCGGAAAGUGAACAAUUUAUCAGAUGCGAGGCGCUUCAGAAGUGAGGUGACCAGCCAGCUCAAGAGGGACUCACAGCAAGACGGGCAGGACCCCGUCUACCUUCGUCGUCUGGAUAUGGGAAAGAGGCUGUUGGACCAGAGGGUGCAAUAUCUUGCUGCUGGCGGAGACAAGAGAGGGAUGUCGUUCUCGGCAGAUCUCGGCUCCAGCACCCCCACAGAGUCGAGGCUGGAGAACGCCUCGCUUGCGGAACUCCUCCGUGAUGCUUCAGGGCUUUCUUACUUCAUGGAGUACAUGGACAGGCAACGACUGAUGAGCCUGGUGCAGUUCUGGCUGGUUGUUGACGGAUUUCGUAACCCACUUGAGGAGUUUCACGACGACGACACCCUUCCGCUCACACUGCCACCAUGGACGGAGUCGGACAGGCUGGAUCUCGCCCAAAUUGAGCAAGCCUAUCUGUCCAAAUCAGAACUGAAAGUACCAGAACCGUCCAAGCGAACGGUACGGGAGUUCCUCGAGGCCAGGAAGAAGGCCACCCCAGAACAGUUUUAUAGGGCGCGGCGAGCGAUACUACGUGCCCAGAAUGCUAUCUUGGAGGAAAUGCAAUCGAGGCAUUUCCCAAACUUCAAGAAAUCGGACUUGUGGUACAAGUGCCUCGCAGCAGAAGAGGCCUCUCAGAGUAAACCCCAGUCAGUCGGUAGGAUUUCCGGGGAGCUCAAGUCACCACCUAUGAACAGGACGGUCAGCGCCUUUGCUGGCAAGCCAAAUCCGUUGUCUCGACUGGGUCCAAAGUUCAAUACAAAGCUACAGAGCCGGCGCGCUGAGUCUUCUUCGGAUCUGAGAUCGUCUAAUGGUACUCUCGCCCCUUUGGACGUUGCGGUGGAACCUCGAAGGUCGGCGGAGGCUCGAAGAUCUCUAGAUUCUAGACGAUCCUACGAUGACACGUCUCCAAAUCCCCUCUUUGAUGAUGAAGAUUUCGAUCACGAUGGCCUCGCAGAGAGUGUCACAAGCCUGGAUCAGAACACAGGGCCACAACCACCAGACAAGAAGGUUGUUGCAGCCAUGGAGGAGGCUCUAAGCAAUAUCUUGGAGGAUACCCGACCAGCCACCUCGGAAGACUUAAGACAAUCUCUUUUCGGAGAGGGAGACACAGACUCGCUCUUGUUUUCCGACCAGGAUACCAACUCCAAACGUGGCUCUCUUGACGCCGGCCGUUCGGGCAAAGAGCCGGAGAAGCCUAGUCUCUCGUCCCUUGGCCUCGUGAGCGCUCAUUCUCGUAUCGGCGUAUUCGUGGAUGACGACCUGUUCGGGGACGAGAACAAAUACUUGUCGGACGAGCAUGACGAGGAGGAUGGGCCUGAAAAAGAUGACGACGUGGGCGACAUUCAUGAGGCCGCACCGGGAGACCUUGGGUUGGCUGAAGCAGUCACUGUCCUCACGACUGACAUCGAUCGGCUAGAGGCGCAGAAUGCUGUUAUCGACUCGCUGCUCAAAAAGGCGGAACUAACGAACAAUAUGGCGGAAUUGAGGAUCUUGCGCAAGUCUAAGGCCAGCCUGGAAAGAGAGAUACGGCGGAAAGAGUUGCAAAGGCAGCAAUACGUCGUGCAGGAAAGCGACAACAGUUUGUACGGCCGGUCGAUGAUCAGGAUCAAGGGCAUACAGGUCGGGCACGAAGAAGAUGGUAAAGAAUUUGCAAUCUACGUUAUCGAGGUCUCCCGUAAUGCGGGAGAGAAGAUGCCUGCGGCGUCCUGGAUGAUAAGCCGCCGGUACAGCGAGUUUCACGAGCUUCAUCAGAGACUACGAUCGAAAUACCCAUCCGUCCGCAGCCUCGACUUCCCAAGGAGGCGCGUCGUUAUGAAGCUCCAGUCGGACUUCCUGCAGAAGCGAAGGCAGGCGCUGGAGAGUUACAUGAGCGAGCUCUUGCUUCUUCCCGACGUGUGCCGGAGCCGGGAGCUGCGGGCAUUCCUCUCGCAGAGCGUCAUCAUGCAGGACCUCGCGGAGAGCCACGAGAACAACAGGAAGGACAUGAUCACGCGGCUGUACGAUUCCGUGACGGACGGCAUGGAGGACAUACUUGGCAGCAUACCAGUGUUGGACCAGCUUUCCGUCGCGGGGCAGAACCUCAUUGCGGCGGCCACGAGCCAAAUGAACACGAUGGGGCCGGGGCUGCACGGUGUAAACAGCAUCAUCGACCCGGCUGUCAGCAGCUCAGACGCGGUGACUGCGGCGGAGGCGGAGGCAGAGCUGAGGGCGUUCGAGGCGGGAGCCGAGGGCAAGGAGCAGGCGGAUGCGGAGCCGUUCGUCAAGCCGAUCUGUGACAUAUUCCUAGAGGUGUUCGAGCUCAACCGCGGCAACAACUGGUUGCGGGGACGGGCGGUGGUGGUGGUGCUGCACCAGCUGCUGGGCGGGACGAUCGAGCGCAAGCUGCGCGACAACGUGCGCGUGCUCGUCAACGAGGACGCGGUGGCGCGGUACGUGGCGCUGCUCCGAGACAGCCUGUGGCCCGAGGGAGGGCCUUUCGGGGCCGGUAAGAGGACGCGCACCAGAGGUGAGAAGACCAGGACGCGGACCGAGGCCAGCCUCAUGCUGGCGACGCUGGUGCCCGACAUGGUGGGCAGCGUCGUGGGGCGGGUCAACGCGCAGGCGGCGAGCAGGAGGAUCUUUGCGACGCUGAACAAUGAACGGCUGAAGUAA